AUGGCACACUCGAAUAGCAUGGCCGGUGAGGGUGAAGAUACCGAUGCUUCCGAUGAUCCGAGCACUGUUAGCGACGAUGAGUCGCAGGCUGAUGGCUCGGGGGGCGCUGGUGGUUCGGAUGGUGGUUCUGGAAGGGGUGAGGAGGAUGAGGCUGGUGGUGGUGGUGAGGAUGUUGGUGGAGAUGAUGUUGGUGGGGAUGAGGAUGUUGGUGGUGAUGGCGUUGAGGGUGUUGAGGGUGUUGAGGAUGAUGGUGGUGACUGA